GGUUCCCGUAGUCGCCGCGAGGGGUGGCCUAUCCAUGGAGCCCUUGUGGGCAACGCUGGGCACCGCUGCCUUCGUCUCCCUUUUGCUGCUGCUCUUGGCCGCUCGCUUCUUCCAGACGAGCGGUGCGCGCGUCCCACGUAACGCGGCCGUCGCCCUCUUAGUCGUGGCCGGUUCUGGAGGGCACACAAUGGAAAUCUUGAGAUUACUUAGCAGUCUCUCCCAGUCAUACUCUCCUAUACAUUAUGUUUUGGCUGAAUCAGAUAAGAUGAGUGAAGAAAAAAUCCGUUCUUUUGAACAAAAAAGAGCUGAAUUAUUAUCCAAUUCCUCGUUCACCCUUCAUCGCAUUCCCAGAAGUCGAGAGGUCCAUCAGUCAUGGAGUUCUUCAGUGCUAACAACUCUGCAGUCCAUGUUAUAUUCUCUUCCUUUGGCCUUCAGACUCAAGCCAGAUUUGGUGCUGUGUAAUGGCCCGGGCACAUGCGUUCCCAUAUGCAUCUCUUCCCUUCUGCUCAGGAUGCUGGGACUAAAGAGAGUAACCAUUGUGUAUGUUGAGAGCAUCUGCCGUGUGGAAAACUUGUCACUGUCUGGGAAGAUUCUUUACUACUUUUCAGAUUACUUCAUUGUUCAGUGGCCUGCUCUGAAAGAAAAAUAUCCAAAGUCUCUCUAUCUGGGGCGAAUAGUAUGACAACAAAGGACAAAUUCACCUCCAAAUUCUUAAUAUGCUUGAAUUUCUACUCAACACUCACAAGUUUGUACAAAUCAAGCAACACUCAGGAAAGGAUUCCUAAAUAAAGUGGGAUUAUCUGCAUGCUAUCCAAGAUUGCAAAACUGGCAACCUAGAAUGACGCUUCGGUUCCCCAUUCCAUCAGCGAUUUGGCCUGUCUUGUUUCAGUUUUUGGACCUUUGUUGUGAGUGUUUCUUGGCCCUUUUCCCUUGAUCCACUUUUCACCACAAGAGAGGUUUUUUUAAGGUGUUAAGGAAUGAGAUAAACUGGGUAAUAUGGCAGGGGCAAAGGAAUAUUGGAAAGUGUGAAAUAGGAUUGUUAUUAUUUGUGUCAUCCAUCAGAAUGUAUCACAGAGUAGAGAGGGCAGUAUAAGUAAUCUUAUAAAAAAGACACGUCCCUCCCCUGAGCUUGUAUGGGUCAUCAGUGUUGAUUCCUGUUUCAUUUUAUCACUUUGGUUUUCCAUUUUUCCUCCUUGAUCUCUCUUUCCUGCACUCUCUAUCUAAGUAUCUAUCUAAGGUAACAUUCAGUUCAAAGAUGAAAAUUAUUCUUAAAUAUAUGAUGUGGACCUGUGUGUAAGACACCAUCCUGGACGCAAGGAAUUAGGCCUGCUGCCUCACCAGUUCAUUCAUGAGGGUACAUACUGUAUUCUUCGCAUGUAUUUCACAUGUUUCUCCAACAUACUGAGUGAUGCUUACAGUGGGUGGUCAGAAAGUGGAUCCCUUGAUAUUUAGGACUUCCAUUCCCAGCUUUCCUGACAAUUGAACAUGCUAGCAGGAGUUCUCAGAGCCGAAAUCUAAAACAUCUGACAUCUGCCCAGCCUUGCUCUACGCUAUUGACUCCCAUUGAACUUUGCAUUGAGAAACUCCAUGGGGAAAAUGCUGGCCUUUGUCAGAUAUUUUCUUCCAUAGCCACUUCUGCUCCUCUGCUUCAUAUAUUAUGCAGUUAAUAGUCUGGGCUGCAUUUACUUGCGUGCAGAUUUCCUUGACCCGUAGACUCAUUUCCAGAGAAAGACUAUGCUGGAUGUUGGGAUCCUGCAGGCUCACUUCUAAAGCCAUUAGGGUGCCACAACAGCACAGAGAAGUUGCUUAAUCAUGCCCCUAAAAUGCAAGAAACGGGUUCUUGCUCUAGUAAAUAACCCCUGUUUCCUGUAUGCAAGCAGUGAAAUCCCUGGUGAAUAUUUUAAGCAUAAAGGAAACCGAUGUACUAACUUGGCUUCAUGACAGUUUUCUCUCUUCAGCCUUUCCAAAACGCCAAAGUAUUAAAUCCUGUAUCCUUUUUCCUUUUGGCCGGUCAGAGUUGGCCCUGUGAUCUAAAGUUCAUUUCUAAAGCUUGGUGUUGAAUUGUUAAGAUAAAUGAAAAGGUAGCGGAUGCCCCAAACAGAUGCAGCGCUUGUACACGGAAGAGACAGAUUUUUCCAAGUUGAGCAUUAAAUCUUUUUUAAACAGUGUUCCAUUUCAGAGAACAAACUGUCAUUAGGAGGUGGUGAGAUCCUUUAGCAAACUUCGCAGUCCCAUGUGUGAGUACUUAAAUGAACAUUAACAAUGCCAAAAAAAGGAAGAAAUGAAAUGAAAAAAUUCCACUUUCUCAGUGAACCUGAGUUUUGUAUAUGUAGGUUUUGUCUGUUUAAAAGUGCAAGACAUGUUUAGUCAAUCUUGAAGCUACCCCUCCCCUUAAAUGGGAAAUGGCGCUUAAUAUCAACACUAUUAGUAAAUAAAUUUUGACUGAAUUUCAUCAA